AAGUGAUUUAACUCCUAAAUGGCAGAUAAUUUAGCACUGAGACUGCAGGGGCGUGAUAUUUACACCAACUGCUUUAUUAAGCUUAUUUUGAUGCCUAUAGCAUACCUUUAAAAUAGAAAAGAAAAGACACAAAAUUGCAGUACUUUCAUAAUGGAGAAUAACUGACUGGUAUAUUUUUAUGCAGUAAGUUAAUUUCUUUGAUUUAUGGCCGUUCUUCAGGGACUCAACAAUGUUACCAAUCUCUACUAGCACCAGACUCUAGCGUUUGGAGAAAGCAAGUCAUCUGUUGACUACUGGACUACUGAACUAGAAGACAAUGGAGAUGAUUGAGAGCUUCUUGGAUCAAGUCUCAGAGAUAGAUUACCAUCUGAACAGACAGGACCAAUGUGAGUUUGAGGAAGUGGCCGUUUACUUCUCCGAGGAGGAGUGGGACUGUUUAAGUAGAGAAGACAAGGAGCUUUACAUAGAUGUGAUGAUGGAGAAUUAUCAGACCCUCAGGUCUCUGGGAAGGAUUCAUAUGACACCUUUGAUUAUAUCAGCGAUUGAUCGAAGGGAAGAGCCGUUUGUGAGGAGUCCCUUGCAGGAUAGUCUGUUGAAUACUGACCCAGGAGGUUCCAUCAUAAGAAGUUAUCCAGUAGGACAUGACAAGAACAGCAAUACAUUAAACAAGAUUAUGAUAAAAUGUUUUAAUAAAAGGACCAAGGACUCCAACUGUCAGAAAUUAAGGAAUCCAUCAGAAUCCUAUAUGUCUACAAAUGAGAUCAGAAAUAAAGAAGCAAACCAUUUCCCAUGUUCUGAAUGGUGGAAAUGUUUUAGCUGUUAUCCAAAAUUUGUUGAUCAGAUCAGGAAUCCAACAGGAGAGACACCUUCCUCAUGUUCCGAAUGUGGAAAAUGUUUUAGUUAUCACUCAAACCUUGUUAGACAUCAGAUAACUCACACAGGAGAAAAACCAUUUUUAUGUUCUGAAUGUGGGAAAUGCUUUAGCCGUAAAUCAGAUCUUGUUACACAUGGGAGAACUCACACUGGAGAAAAACCCUUUUCGUGUUCUGAAUGUGGGAAAUGUUUUAGCCAGCAAUCACAUCUUGUGACACAUCAGAGAACUCACACAGGAGAGAAACCAUUUUCAUGUUCUGAAUGUGGGAAAAGUUAUAGCCAGAAUUCACUGCUUGUUAGGCAUCAGAGAACUCACACAGGAGAAAAACCUUUUUCAUGCUUUGAUUGUAAGAAAUGUUUUGUGAGUAAAUCAGACCUUGUUAGACAUCAGAAAACUCACACAGGAGAAAAACCUUUCCCGUGUUUUGAAUGUGGGAAAUGUUUUGUCAGUAAAUCACAUCUUGUGAAUCAUCAGAAAAAUCACACAGGGGACAAACAAUUUUCAUGUUCUCAAUGUGGUAAAUGUUUUAACUGCAAAUCAGACCUUGUUGUGCAUUGGAGAACUCACACAGGAGAAAAACCUUAUUCGUGUUUUGAAUGUGGAAAGUGUUUUUACAGUAAAUCUGAGCUUGUGAAACAUCAGAGAACCCACACAGGAGAAAAACCUUUUUCAUGUUAUGAAUGUGGGAAAUGUUUUAGCCAGCAUUCAAAUCUUAUUACACAUCAGAGAACUCACACAAAAGAAAAACCUUUCUCAUGUUCUGAUUGUGGGAAAUGUUUUAUUAGUAAAUCAAAGCUUCUUAAGCAUGGGCGAACUCACACAGGAGAGAAACUGUUCUGAAUGUGGAAAAUAUUUUUAACAUGAAUGUGGGAAAUGUUAUAGUCAGCUCAAUUGAAUAACAUGGCAAUAAAAAAAAAAAACAACUUACACUAAAACCUGUAAAUUGUUAUACUAUUUAUGUAGCGCCAGCAAAUUCCAAAGCACUGUACACAUAUUGAUUUACCAUCUAGCUUCUCAAAUAAUAUAGCAAAGCCGAUUUCUCAUGC